UUUUCUUUUGUUUCUUUUGCCUUGUCUCUUUUUAUUCUAUUUUUGUUGUAUAUUUUAUUUUAUUUUCUUUUUUUUUUUGUUUCUUUUAAUACGUCAGAACUUGUUUGUAUAAUUUAAGAAGGGCAAGAGAGAGAGGGAGAGAGAGAGAGAGAGAGAGAGAGAGAGAGAAAGAGGAAAGAUAAACUAUAUAAUUUCUUUGCAAUUUUCCUCGUCGCUGUAAGGUGCGUGGCAUGCUUAUUAUCUUCGAUAUAUAGUUACGAAUCAGCCCAUGAAGGCCAUACGCGCAGAUGUUCUAAAUUGCGUACAAACAAAUCACUUUGGCACGAUCGAGACAAGCAAAUACAGUUGUGCAAUAGCUCCCUUGCGACGUUGGGUAAUUCGAUUUAUGUAAUGAUAUAUCGUAGUCAUUAGAUAUUUUGGAUACAAAAAAAUAAUCUUUAUUUACAUUCAAGUACAUUUAUUUUCAUAUCUUUCUUUAAAUUAUUAAAUAUACAAUGAAAUCUAUUCGUUUAUAAUGUGUUUGAAAUAAAGAAUUAGGAGCCGUCAGGCAUAACAUUAACGCAUUGAGUUUCUCCGAAGCUCGAUCGAGCGAGCAAAAUUUAUAAUCCCCCGGCGUCGGCCAUUAUAGAAAGAAGACAUUUCUCGAAAGACGAACGCUAUUCGAGUGGACGUUAUUUACGACGCCGUAUAUACCGUGUAAUCGCGACGAUAGGCAGCUAGCGAAAGGAACACGAGCUACAUACGUAUAAGCUUAAUAUAUUAAUUGCCGGUGGCAGCGAUUCCCAUUGAUCGCUUCUCAUUCCUAGAAGCGUGAGUCUCUGCAAUUAGUAAUUAUUAAAGGAUGUAGAUGAGCGUGAAGAAAGUUCGAUCGAACGGUCACGAUCGCGGAUACGAUUUAGAAUAGAUUUCAGAGUACACGUGUAUUAACACGAAACGCACGAACUACUUAUCUCGACCUCAUUCAUAACAUCUCAUCUUCAUUUCAAAGAUUUAGGAUCAGAUUAUUUUCAUCUUAUCGAUUUUUCUAUAAAAUUAUCGAAUAAAAAAGGACGCUGCACGAACAUAGUUGGACGAUAAACAUGAAAAAUGAAAAGACAAUGUUGACUCGGUGUCAAGAAAACAUCGAUUUUCAGGAAGUUAAUUCAUUAUAAAGCUGAGCGAUCAGAGAUACCUACCUACCUAUCAUGAGACACGAACUGAAUGAAUGCAACUCGGGAGCAAUCGGUCCGUUCUUGCUCUCUCAUGCCUGGAGGAAGGAGACGGCGAGGAAGAAGCGCAAGAAGAACAAGAAGAAGAAGAAGAAGGUUUGGAGCUACGGGAUGGACAGGAGUCCGUAAGGGUAUGAGAAAGAGGUGGGGAGGGGAGCUAGGAGGGAGAGAGAGAUAAUACUAGCGCGACCGCCUUAAAGCGUGCGUACUCGCGUCUUAAACAGCAACGGCAGCAACAGCAGCAGCAGAAGCAGCACCAUGAGUAGCAGCCGCAGCAUCAGCAACAGCAGCAGCAGCAGCAGCAGCAGCAAUGGAUACCCCUCUACCAAGACUUUAGGCUCUUUCUCUCUUCUCUCUUUCUUUCAUUUGCUAUCUUGCUUCGCCAGUGGCUAGUCUCAACAACCUUUCUUUCUCCAUCUCCCUUGUCUCUUCUCCUCUCUCACAGCUUCUUCCGUGCAGGAGCAGAGCAUCUCACUCUCCCUUUAUCUCUCUCUCUCUCUCUCUCUCUCUCUAUCUCUCUCUCUUUCUCACUGUUCCUCCCCACCUCAUCCUUUCAUCGUCUCCUUCUUCGCGACUAUCACACACACACACACACAUACAACACACAUACACAGCACCUAUACCUCUUCAAAGAUCCCUUCAGUUUUGUGCGCUACCUGGCUCUACCUUGUGGUUGUCGUAUCGUAUGUAUGCUUGUGCGCUCGCGCUCAUUGCCGAGGCGGGGCAAGGUGAUGUUCGUCCGAUGCUGAAUAUGUACCUGGCGUCUCUACGGAUGGAGUAGUCGUCGGUUAGAAGAGAGAAGGAGGUAGUUGAAUAUCCGUGUGCGUGCGUUGUCUUCUCUCAUGUAGGCACACGAGCCCUCUCACACGUGCUCCGAGAGAAAGAGGGAGAUAUACAUACUCGAUGUGAAAGAGUAGGAUAGAGUUAGAGGUUUACUUACAUGCACGCGACGAAUACACACACACACACAAACAUUCUUGAUUCCACGCGAUCGUGAAAUACAUCGAGGGAAAAAGGUAAAUCGAGUAGUGAGUGAGUGAGUGAGUGAGUCAGUCAGUAAGAAAAAGAGAGAGAGCGAGAGAGAGAGAGAGAGGGUCUGGUAUACGUGUGUGCGACAUCAAUGUAGGCGCGCGGCCGGUGCACAAGAGCGUGGUGUGUCUCCCCUCCUUCCUUAGCCACACUCCACUCCUCCUCCUCCUCCUCUUCCUCCUCCUCCUCCUUUUCUUCCUCCUCCUCCUCCUUCUUCUUCUUGUCCUCCUCCUACCGCGCUCGGCCUCUACCUCCUUCUACCUGCCGGCCCAGGCCGACACACAUGUGUAUGUGUACCUUGGUCUUCAGUGUAAGAUCUGAACCAGCGGAGAACGCACGGCUAUUGUUAUAUCAUUAUCAUUGUCAUCGUUCGUGGCCGUUCGCGCCGGUCCGCGUCUCCCAAUAUAGAAAACGUGUCGCACCGAUUUUCGUGAGGGCACGCGUGCUUUUUAAGUUUUAAGAGUCAAGAACUGGAAUUUAUUAUUCAUCGUUGUCAACAUCAUCAUCAUCAUAAUCAUCAUCAUCAUCAUCAUCAUCAUCAUCAUUAUCCUCCUCCUCGUUAUAUUCUUUUUUAUCCUCCUUCUUUUUCCUCCUCCUCUUCUUCUUUUUCUUCUUCUUCUUCUUUCGAGUACGCUGGAAACCGCGAGAAAUCGGCUCGCGCACGCGCGAAAAAACGCGAGGACUCCGUGCCGUCAUCGUUCCUCUCGUGCACACGCUUCGCGAUCGGCAGCGCGCGCACGCGCGCGCGCUACCUCGUGUGCUCGUCUCUCUUUGGAGAACGCGUGUCGUCAGCACCGACAGCUAUCGUGUCCUCUCUUGACUGCUGUGCUGUUGUUGUUGCUGACACCUUCUUGAAUCGACCUCGAGGGAAGGUCGUGCAAAGAGGAUAAUGGGGUUGCCGAUAUUUUCUCUCUCUCCUCCCUCUCUUAUCUGACUCUCUUUUUAUCAUUAUCUCUUUUUUUUCCCUUUGUCUCUCUUUUUCUCUCUGCUUCUAUCCACUAUCUCUUUCUCUUUCUCUAUCUCAUGUGCAUAUAAACGACGGAUCUUUUAAACAAUACAACAUCGAGCGAACAAAAAUACGAGCUAGUGAACACGUGCCGGAAGCAUCCUUAUUUGUUUGUUUGUUUGUUUGUUUUUAUUCUUCUUCUUUAUUUUUCUUUUUUCUUUUCUUUUCUUUUUUUCUUUUUUUUUUGUAAGUUGUAUACGUAUACUUAAACUUGAGGUAUUUUUAUUCAUCAAUCAAAGAAAAAUAGAAAUUAAAAAAUGUAAAUGCAUACGUAUACACACACACGUAUAACUAUAUAUAUAUACUUACGUAUAUCAGUGAAGUGUCGUGUCACGGCUCUUUCUUCCGGAAUCAUCGUUGUCGUCGUUGUCGUUGUCGUUGUUGUCGUUGUUGACUCUCUUCGACGAGCGACGAGAGUUUCGGAGGAUCGCGCGACCGGUUGUUGCGCUUCUCUCGCGGUUUAUUUUCGUCUCGGAGAAGGACGUCGACUCGACGAUCAGGAUAUCAAGGGGGGACGACUCGAUGACGGGGAGAAAGAGGAGGAGAACUCGAGACCCGACGGACACGAGGAGGGCAGGAUCGAUCGGAAGGAGACUACGGCUGACGCCUAAUUAAAUCGAUUAGACUUUGGGGUUAAUUGUUCUGGAACGCCAGCUCGCUCUCACACAGACCCGUUACAACCUCCGUCGUCGUCGUCAUCGUCGUCGUCGUCGUCGUCGUCGUCGUCGUCAUCUCCAUAGUGCUUACUUGGUGUCAUUUCGGAAACGAGUCGUUUUUUAUUACACGUAUAAAGUGCCUAAACAAGAAGGAUAUUAUUCGACUAAUUUAAAACGCACUACUACAGACGGAGAACGAUCGAGUGCUCUCGAUCGACAUAGAAGUACGAAGGAGCGUGCGUGAUCUAAGCUCGCGGAAGUUCAUUCGAGUCUCUCUGUUCAAACCUGUCGAGAAACUAAGACGAGGAGAGAAGAACGUCACGAAACAGAACAACUAACGAUAAUUUCGCUCUGGAAUAAUCGACGUCGACGUCAUCGAUCGCAUUGCGAAUAGCUCCAACGAUCGUAAUGACGACGCGCGCUCCUUCAAAUACCGAACGACGACGCUUCCUUCGUGUGGAAAUCGUCUCUUCAAAUUGACGAACGGUGCGCUUCCUGAUGUUCGCCGUAAUUGUUCGACGGUAGAUGGGGUCGUCACGGCCAUAAACCCGAUCACCUGGAACGAGAUACGUAGCCGACCGAGAAUGUCCUCAAAGAGGAAGUCGCCACCAACGAAGCUAUCGGAGGGUGGGGGCGGUGCGGGUACAGUGUCGAGCGGAGGCAACGAAGAGGAGGAGGACACGGGCUCUUCGGUGGUGACUGCCGCUGCUGUUGGAGGAAGUGGUAGUGGUGGUAGUAAUAGUGGUGCAGCCACCACUGCUACCACUGUUCCUGGUGGUGGUGGUGGCGGCAACGGAGAAGAGAACGCUGCCUUGGAGGUGUCGGUCCCAACAACUGGGACGAACGAAGAAGGUGGUCGUGUUUUGGACGUCGAAGAGUGUUACUCUCAACAGAGAGGAGGAGGCCAGGAGUGCGAGUCCUCCGGGUGUUCCUCGCCGGCGACAACCAGCGAGCCGGAUCUUCGAGACUCGCCUUCACCUUCCUCGAAUUCCACUCGUGCUGUCAAAAGGCAGAGGCUCCUUUUCCUUUCGAAUCAAGAAAACGCGAAUUCCGUAUCUUCUACAGGCCCCUAUCAUCAUCCCCAUCAUCAUCAUCAUCAUCAUCAUCACCAUCAUCAUCAUCAUCAUCGAGCGAAUACGACUUCCUCCUCGGCAUCUUCCUUAACGGGCCUUCACGAGGCUGCUAGUUCCUCCGAGUGUGGUUCACCACCUACUCUUCUCAACGUCGACUCUUAUUAUCAACCACAUCACAACGAUAACAACAACACUGUUACCCAAAAUAACAAUCACAGUAACAACGGCACUGGCAUCACCACCACCGCAACUACUACCGUUGCUAGUAAAAGAUCCAUGGACGACGUUCUCAAGAGGCUAACCUGUAAGAUGAACAGCGAGUCUCUUUCCCUUCAGGACGAUGUCACGGAUAACAGGCGGAGUGCCACGCCCCCAACUGGACACAAUUCGCAUAGCGGAAACGCCGGUAACGUGGCGAACAACGUGCCUCCUUCGCCCCCAGCUACAAGCAGGAUACAAAACACGGAAGGACAGGUUCAACAGGACGGUGCAGCGGCCCUUCAUAGGGUCCUCUGCGCCGAGAGCAUCGUUGAGAAAGAACGUAGGCUCUCCGAGAUGAUCCUUCAGCUGCAACUCCUCAGGGAACAACUGCUCCAGCAGCAGGACCAGAAGUCGUAUCCACCACACAUGAGCGUAGACUCGCAAAAGCAAAUGGAAAUGCAACGGCUACAGACGGAGCACUUGAAACGGCAACAAGAACACAUCAUGCAGCAUAACAUUCAGGAGCUGCAGGCACAAAUGACAAAGAGUCAGUUGAGCAUGUCGGGGCCGCAAUCGUUGAUGUUCCUACCGUUUCUCGAACAGCUCAGGCUACCGGUCCAGUCGACGAUGCCACCACCGCCUGCCACGUCGACCGCGCCCACUGGCAACAAGCAUAUCAACUCGAUCGCCAAUAUGAUCGGUAGUCACCGAGAAGGUCCGAGCUGGGCGACGGCACAUUUGGCUCAGAUGACGACGCAAAUGGAGAAAGAGUCAUCACCUACGCCAAUAUCGUCGGCGGUGGCACCAACGGCGGCUCCUUUACAGGAUCUCGAUGCUCCUUUAAACCUCACCAAGCCGAAAUCCUCCUCGUCGGGUGCGACAGCGUCUUCCUCGUCGCCUGGAAGCGAUUCGCAUUCGACCGGUGCUGGAAGUAGCGGUCAACAGGAACAACCUCUGGCUGCGACAGCACCUAAACUUUUUCCUCCUGGACUUCCAAUACCCAGGAAUUACCUAUCGACGUUACCCUACGCCGGUCUUCCACCACAUCUUAGCUCCCUACCUUCGCCUAUGGGCAAGGUAAUGGCCAAAGAUGAAGCUGGUGGACCUGGAGGUUCCGUUGCGGCUGCGGCGGUUGCCGCCGUGGAGAAGCACUUUGCGAUGCACGGAAUUUAUGGGCUACCACCAAGCGCUGGUGCGAUGCCACCCUCGCCUCAAACGCAACGACCGAUCAAACACUCUGCCUCUCGAGAGGACACGCCACAAGAGGAGCAAGAUUUCCUCUCGUCUUCCCACAUGUGGCGAGACCCCGGAUACAAGGUGCCGGAAGACAUAACGGAAAAAGGGCUUCUUCUUUCCUCAGCUAAAAUGGUGAGGCAGCAGAAAAGGGAGGGUGAGAACAAGCCGCACAUAAAACGACCUAUGAACGCGUUCAUGGUGUGGGCCAAGGACGAGCGACGGAAAAUCCUGAAGGCCUGUCCUGACAUGCACAAUUCCAACAUAUCAAAGAUACUCGGUGCCCGAUGGAAGGGGAUGUCGAAUUCGGAAAAGCAACCGUAUUACGAGGAACAAUCACGAUUGUCGAAGUUGCAUAUGGAAAAGCAUCCGGACUACAGGUAUAGGCCACGACCGAAACGGACGUGUAUAGUGGAUGGGAAGAAGAUGCGCAUAUCCGAAUACAAGUCGCUAAUGCGGCAACGACGGCAAGAGAUGAGGCAGCUUUGGUGUCGAGAAGGUGGCCCAGAAAUGAGCUUUCUAUCACCAGUCGGUUCGGAGCUGAGCUCACAGCAUCAUGCCGGAGGUGGAGGUGGUGGUGGUGGUGGUGGAGGUGGUGGACCUGGUGGAGGAGCGGGUCCAUCGGCGAGACCGUCGGUUUCGCCACCGGCGACGAUUUUGAACGGCGGUGGUGGUGGUGUUAGUGGUGUCGGCGGUGCUGGCCCAAGCUCCGAUCACCCAUCCUUUUAUUACCCUCAGGACAGUCUUUCGCCUACGGACAUGAUGAACUUCUCACCGGAUAAUUCGGGAUCGAUCGGUGGCUACGACGCCAGUCCACGGCAUCACGACGAAGAUUGAAACGUAGCUGCUCCGGUUGGCCAAGCCCUUUGGCCACCCGGAGCAACAGCGUUACCUUCGUCCUCGACCCCUACCAGCUCGUCCUCCUCGUCCUCGGCGUAUCCAACGGUUGCUGCCGCGGCCGCGGCUGCCGCGGCGGCGGUCGCAGCUUCGUCCACCUCGUCAUCUUGCUCGCCCUCCUCCAGACUUGGCCACGAGUUGUAUUGGUAACCAAAGCUGCGCCCGCGUACUCUUCCUCUUCUUCUUCUUUCUUCUUCUCCUUCCCCUCCUUCUCUUCCUCCUCCUACGCACACGAAGCGCACUCGAGGAAACACCAGGCUCGACCAUCAUCCUUCGUCUCUUCUCGCGCUUCUUCUUCUUCUUCUUCUUACUCUUAUUCUUUUAAUAUUUCUUCUUUUUAUUCCUACUUUUCUUCUCUAGAGAAGUAGAGAAAGAAAGAGAGAACAAGAAAGAGAGAAAUGGAGAGAGAGAGAGAGAGAGAGGGAGGGAGAAAGAGAGUUAAUGAAAAAGAAGAGAGGUCCGAUUCUCUUUCGAUCCUUUGACACUUGUGAUACAAAUAAUUCUUUUUUUUUUUUCCUAUCUGUGCCAUCUUUCGUGUAAAAAUUUUCUUUUAAUUGUCUCUUCGCUGCCGCAUCAUCCUCAAGAUAUCAAAAGUUUCGAUAAGAACGAAAUGGAAAGCGAGAUUUUUAUCAUCUAAUAAGAUUUUAAAUACGAUGUAUUGUUAUAAUCUAUACACAUAUAUAUUAUCGUCGGAAUUUUUUUGCCUUCUUCUUUCUCUUUCACUAUCCUCUCUUCUUCUUGAUUUCUCUCGAUCCAUCUCCGUUCGAGACACACGACGAACGCGUCGCUAGUGCAAAGGUCUGGUUCCUAAUCCUUCUAAUGUCGCGUGAUCGCCUCGAAUAAAAUAAUACCACGAUUUAUCCGUAGUAGUGUUGCUGCGUGCAAGAAAGAGAGAAAGAGAGAGAGAGAGAGAGAGAGAGAAGAAGAAGAGAGAGAGAGUGAGAGAAAGAGAAAGAGAGAGAGAGAAAGAGAGAAAGAAAGAGAGAUUGAGUAAAAGAAUUAAUUACAUUUAAUAUUGUAAAUCGAUCCUCGUCGACUUUUUACUCCGUAUUAAUAAUAUCGAAUAACCUUUCCUUGGAAAAAAAAAGAAAGAAAAGAGAAAGAGAGACAGGGAGAUUGAGGAUAGAAAAGAGAAACUUAGGUACUUAUGCAAUCUGUUCGUCAUUAAUUUAUUAUUCGAUCCUUAUUUUUAGUUUAAUAUACGACGAACUUUGGUCGAUGACGAGAGAAAGAGAAAAAGGGAGAUAGAAAGGAGUACGCAUAAUGUCCUUUCUUUAUUAUAAAAAAAGAGAAAAAAGAAAUGAGUAGAAAAGAAAAACAGAUAAUAAAAAAACAAUAAUAAUAUAAUAAUAUAAACGAAGGGAACGUUAUGAGAGAAAGUUUUUAACUUUUAUUUAUUUGUCGGCGAAGACGAUUAAAAAAGUGCGAACGUGUAAGGAUAAAAAAAAGAUGGGAUUUAUGUGAUGAUGCAAGUGAAAGAGAGAGAAAGAGAGAGAGAGAGAGAGAGAGAGAGAGAGAGAGAGAGAAAGAGAGAGAGAAAGAGAUAGAAAAAGAAAGAUUGAUUCUAUUUGGAUAAUUUCAAGAUAAUCGAGAAGAGGGGAUAUAAUUAUUAAUUAUAGCGUGUAUAUCGAGUCGUUUGCAUAAGAGAAGAUAAUAGAACAAAAAAAAAAUUAAAAAAGGAAAAAAAAGAGUAAAGAGAAAAAGAAACGAACGAGAGGGCUUUUCGUUUUAAUGGACACGUGGAUGGUAGGGAGCUCGAUGUGAUAUAAUACUUAUGUGCCAAAUAGUGUUUUCGCGGGGCGGGAGGCAAACGUUUCGCGGAGUGUUUCCGGUUUCUUCGAGUCGCCCCUCGUGUGUUGGCUCGGUGCGAAGCUCGAUAAUUUUUACGUCUCCUUUUUCACACUGUUUUUGUUAUUUAUAAUCAGUGCAAUUAUAUACGCGGUACCUAAUAUAAUUUUAUAAAGAGAACGAAAGAAAAAUAGAGAGAAAGGGAGAGAGAGAGAGAGAGAGAGAGAGAGAGAGAGAGAGAGAGAGAGAGAGAGAGAAAGAGAGAGAGACGAAGUAAGCAUGUGUGAUUGAGCGAGAGAGAUAAAAAAGAAUGAGUGAGACCGAAUGAAUUGUAUUAAUGAAUGUAUGUGGAUGUGUGUGUGAGAAAGAGAGAAAGAGAGAGAGAGAGAGAGAGAGAGAGAGAGAGAGAGAAUGAAA